AUGUUUCACUCCUACCUGCUGUCCUCGCUGCAAACAGACCUUCAGCAUCCAUCAUCAACCACCAACAGAUUUUGGACGCUGAGAGAUCACAUUCAGCCAUCACCACCAACACAUGGCAUAAAUAAUUAUACACAAAUUUCAGGAUUUUUCCUUCUGGGAUUGUCAGAGAAAGCAGACUUGCAGCCCCUCAUAUUCAUGCUUUUCCUUUUCAUGUACUUGACCACUAUGUUGGGAAACCUGCUUAUCAUCCUGGCCAUCUGCUCUGACCCACGCCUACACACGCCCAUGUACUUCUUUCUCUCCAAUCUGUCCUUUGUGGACAUCUGCUUCACCUCCACCACCAUCCCCAAGAUGCUGUGGAACAUCCAGACGCAGAGCAAACUCAUUACCUAUGCCAGCUGCCUCACACAGUUGCAUUUUUUCCUACUCUUUGCAUAUCUGGAUGACUUCAUUCUGUCUGCAAUGGCCUAUGACCGCUUCGUAGCCAUCUGUCACCCCCUGCACUACACAGUCAUCAUGAACACCCGGUUCUGUCAGCUCCUGGCUCUGGUAUGCUGGGUCGCUAGCAUUUUGGCUUCCUUGCUGCAUGGCUUGAUGGUGCUGCGGCUGUCCUUCCAUACAAUCGUGGAGAUCCCCCAUUUUUUCUGUGAAAUCAAUCAGGUGAUACACCAUGCAUGUUCUGACACCUUUCUUAAUGACAUAUUGAUAUAUAUUUCAUUGGUGCUGCUGGGUGGUAUACCCCUCUCUGCAAUCCUUUACUCUUACUCUAAGAUAAUUUCCUCCAUAUAUGGGAUCCCCUCAGCUCUGGGCAAGUAUAAAGCAUUUUCCACCUGUGCAUCUCACCUUUCCGUUGUCUUUUUGUUUUAUUGCUCAGUCGUGGGAGUAUACCUUAGCUCUGCUGCUCCCCAGAACUCACAUGCAAAUGCAAUAGCCUCAGUGUUGUACACUGUGGUCACACCCAUGCUAAACCCCUUCAUCUACAGCCUGAGGAACAAAGAUAUAAAGGGAGCUCUGAAAAGAGUCUUUGGGGUAAUAGCUAUGAAAGGGCCCAUUUGGGGGGAUCUAAAGUAA